AUGCAGGACUCGAGACAAUAUGUUCCCAAUCCGUUGAGGCCAUACUAUGUUCCUCCUUCCAUCGGUACUGACGCCUUAGCAAAUGCGACCUCCAGCGCCCCGAAGUCCAGCAGCCAGGGUUCUGGAUUCACGUUUCCCGACAUUGACUACGCAGACUACAUCCCAGAAGCCUCACCAUCUCUCACAGGGUCGAUAAAGUCAUAUAUCGACCAAGCCUUCUGGAAAUACACGACUGUAGUGCUCGGGCAGCCGUUUGAGGUCGCGAAGCUCAUUCUGCAGACACGCGUUGCACAGGAAGAUGAAGAAGACGAGGAAAAGCCACGAAACAGGCACAGAUACCAAUAUGAGGAUGAAAACAAGAUGAAUGGAUAUAAUGGCUAUGAGGAGCACUCUUCGGAUGAUGAGCCAAACUAUUUUACUUCCGCGGCGCCGUUCGAGCCGCCUUCAUCGAGUCGUUCGCCAGCUCGGGGACGCCGUGGCAGACCACCCCGGGAUCUCGCCUCGCCCAGAGCGAACGACCGUCAUCAGGACUCGAGUGGUCGGAUACAUCUCAAAAAUCCCCAUUCGCUACUGGAAACACUCUCGGCCCUAUCGUCAAAUGGCGGAGCGUUGGCAAUGUGGCGCGCUACCAACUCAACUUUCGUCUACAAUAUUCUAAAUCGGACAUUGGAGACAUUCUUCAAGGGCUUCCUCGCGGCUGUAUUCGCAGUAUCAGAGAACGAUAUUCUGUCUAGCUCGGCUGGGGGUGCAGUUCCAGAUCCUUCGAUACUCACCUCGACGACCCCAGCCGCCACCAUUCUGAUCAGCACUGCCGCGGCGGCCCUGUCAGCGUGGGUGCUCGCACCAAUCGACGCAGCGAGAACGCGGUUGAUUCUUACACCUUCCACCGAAGGACCUCGCACCUUACUAGGAACACUGCAGGCGUUGCCGACUCCCUAUCUGAUACCCGCUCACCUGCUACCCAUAACGUUCUUUACAUCGACCCUACCUACACUCAUAUCAACGAGCACUCCAGUAGUGCUGAAGUCGUAUCUCGGGCUGGAUCCUGCUAUGAACCCUGCUAGUUGGAGUGUCGCCACAUUUCUAGGUUCCGCUCUGGAUUUGUCUAUCAAAUUCCCCCUCGAGACAGUCCUUCGUCGAGCACAGAUUGCCACUUGGACUUCACCAGCACAUUCCCCACCAAAGCCGUCUUCGAAACGCAAAGCCAUCACGACCAUUGUUCCAGUGCCCCAAUCCUACCGCGGCAUCAUACCAACAAUCUGGAGCAUCACAAGGGAAGAGGGUUUUUCCGAAACUCCCAAAGAUAAGACUGCUGCAUUGAUGGGUAAAGCUCCUCGGCGAAAGAGAAAGGGUCAGGGUAUUGAAGGGCUCUAUCGUGGUUGGCGAGUCGGUUUCUGGGGCUUGAUUGGCGUCUGGGGAACAUCAUUCGUAGGAGGCCUGCAAAGUGGCACGGAAGCAGCCACAUCUGAGGCCGGUGUCCAUGGUGGUAAAUUUUGA